AUGGCUGAUCAACGUCCUUUGAGAGAAACAAAUACACCUCAUGGAGAUUCAAUAAGAAAUCAUCAACAUACUUCAGUAGGCAUGAUAGUUUUAAUUCAUCAAAACAAUAUUCUACGAGAAGAAAAUACUGCGUUACGUCAACAGUUGGAAGCAUUACAGUUACAAAUAAGCCAACAAGAAACAUCUUUUGCUCAACAAUUGGAAAACACUCUUUCCACUUUGUCAAAUACAAAUAAUAACUUAAUGGCUGAAGUAAAUGAUUUGAAAGAAGAAAACGAUAAUUUGAAAGAAGAAAUCAGCAAUUUGAAAGAAGAAAACAAAUAUUUAAAAGAAGAAAAACGUUAA